GUGUAAUGUUUAUAAAAAUAUAUGUAAUCCUUACUGAAUAAAAUAAUAAAUAUAAUAAUAUGGAUAUUGAUAUGGAUAGUGUCGUUUUUACCAAAUAAAACUAGAAUCUAGAUUAGAUCUAUAAAUGAAGGAGUUUUUGUUCUAGCCGUAUUUGGAAUAAAAACACAGAUCUACUGUUUUUACAAGUUAUCCUACCGAGCCAAAGGAUCUAGCUAUGGAAGACACCGCAGACGAUUGGUUGAAGGACCACAUUUACGUUCCAGUGAUUAGUGGAAUAGCAGUUUUAGUAGCCAUAGUAAUUAUUGUAUAUUGCUGUUGCUUCAGAAAACGAAGAAUAAAUGGCAGCCAUUAUGUGUACAAAAGACUGCAGCAUGAAGCGGAGCUGGCCGAACAGAUGAACAGAGAGAGAGAAGUUGAGCAGACUAAGGUCAGAGAUAAUUUCUACAUGAGCUGCCAGUAUUACUUGCGGUCUCACCCCAGCUAUGUUAACAUGCAGCAGUGUCGCGAACUUGGAAGCAGAAUAAAUAAGCAUUGGUUCAUAGUGUCUGUUGCUGGGACCAACAAAGAGCUGAUGCUGAGCUGUGUUCCUGCAGAGUUUGUCACUGCUGUCCCCUUUACAAAAGCCAGCAGUAAAACUAUCAAGGACCUUUUCUCUUUGCUACAGCAUCCACACAUCUUUCCCAUGCAUGAUUUUGACUUUGCUGUGGAACAGAAUCUUGUGUUUGUUGUCCAGCCUGUGUCAGCCCGUGGAUCACUGAAAGACAUGGUCUAUCAGUGUCCUUAUUCUGAGAAUUGGUUUGAAAAAUACAGAAAUAAAAGUAAAGGAUUACCUCUAAACCUGAUCAAGCUGUAUGGGAAGCAGAUUCUUAAUGGCAUGCUAUAUCUGGAAGAAAAGGGCUUUCCCACACAUGGUAAUCUACAGAGUGGAAAUGUCAUGCUUCAAGAUGGUAUUUGCAGAAUCAGCGGCUAUGAAAACAAAUUUAUAGGAAAUACUUCUAGGGUGUACACAUUGGUGAAAAAGAAGUUGAAAGAUGAAAACAAAGAUGCGCUGGACAGUCUUUGCUUCGGCCAUCUUCUGUUUGAGAUCUCAUUUGGCUAUGAGUUGUCCACAUCCCACCCACAACCACAGCACCUGGUCACGCAGAAAGAACCUUCUGUUAUUGAGAUUUUGAAUUUCAUUUUUGAAAAUGAGAGCAAAAAAUACCCAACAAUUAGGGAGAUUUUUAAUCACAAAUUUUUCGCUGAUGUCAGCAUGCCUGAAAUGUCUACAUAUAAUCCAGCACAAAUUCAUCUGAGUGACUCCAUGAAAUCUGUUCUCAAGGCUGUGAAGAAAGGGAAACCUGCCAAGGCAUCUAAGCAAGCAUCAACUAGAAGGAAGAAAUCCAAGACUUCAGGUAGUGCCACAGUGUCUCCAACUCCAACAAAAGAUGUUGUUCAAUUUACAGGUGCUGGUCCAUCAUAUACACCACAAACAGCUCCAGCAUCACCCCCUCCCCCACCACCAGCAGGGCCACCUCCCCCACCUCCACCAGCAGGUCCGCCUCCCCCUCCACCCCCGUCAGCGCCUGCUCCUUCAGCAUCGUCAGGCAGGAUGGCAUUGCUUGGUGAUAUACGCAAGGGGUCAAGGUUGAAAAAAACAGUGACCAAUGACCGCAGUGCACCUAAAGUCUAAGUUCCGCAGACCAAAUAUCUGACUAUCUGCCUUGGAAGGUGCAACGCAUUUAGAUACAGAAAACUGUUAAAGUUUAAGUAGUCUCCAAAUUGUAGGCCUGCACUAAUUGUUACUUUGUUGAUGCACUUAGCUGCUUUAUUGAGGCUUCUGUCUGUUAAUUUUGCUAUGAUUUUUAUUAUACAAAAUUUUAAAAUAUUUUACUUUUAAAAACUCAAGAUGUGCCAUUUUGAAUUUGUUUCUGAUAGUUAAACUGCAUUUUAAUAUAUAGAUAGCAUUGAAUAUUUAUAGAAUUCCUUCUACUGUUAUUAUAAUAUUUAUUGUCAGAUAAACCAUGACACCUGAUUGUCUGCUUGCAUUUUAUUUGG